UCGCUAGGAAUAAAAUUUUCUCGACUUCCAAUUCGCCACCGAAUCAGUGAUUUAGUUUAAUUGCCCGACCACCGCGUACGAUGGCUUCGAAAGUACCUAGCGUUUUAUUGAACAACGGAAAGCACAUUCCCGCCAUUGGGCUGGGCACGUGGAAAUCCAAACCAGGGGAAGUGACUCAGGCUGUAAAAGACGCCAUCGACGCAGGUUACAGGCACCUCGAUUGCGCACUGUACUACUUAAACGAGGAGGAAGUGGGGGCGGGCAUCAAAGCCAAGAUUCAAGAAGGUGUCGUUAAACGGGAAGAUCUUUUCGUGACGAGCAAGUUAUGGUGUAACUUGAUGAGACCAGAUUUGGUUGAACCGACCAUUAGGAGGAGUUUAGGCUACCUGGGCUUGGACUACUUAGACUUGUACCUGAUUCACUGGCCAACCGCGUUUAAGCAAGGCGAUGAAUACACACCCAAAGGUCCCGACGGCAAAACAUUAUAUAGCGACAUCGAUUACGUAGAUACUUGGAAAGCAUUCGAGGAGGUUCAGAAGAAAGGUUUGACCAAAUCCAUCGGCGUGUCUAACUUCAACAAAAGACAAUUGGAAAGAAUAAUUCAAAACGCAACCAUCAAACCAGUAACGAAUCAAGUGGAAUGCCAUCCGUUUUUGAACCAAAAGAAACUAACGGCGUUCUGCAAAUCGCUGGACAUUGUCAUAACAGCGUACAGUCCCUUAGGGUCCCCUGACAGGCCGUGGGCUAAACCGGGUGAUCCGAUCUUAGUCCAGGAACCUAAAAUCAAGGAAAUCGCGGCGAAAUACAAGAAAACUCCAGCUCAGGUUAUUUUGAGGUAUUUGGUCCAGCUGGGCGUGGUGCCAAUCCCAAAAUCCGUGACCAAAUCCAGAAUCGUGGAAAAUAUUCAGAUAUUCGAUUUUGAACUUUCCAGCGACGAUGUGAAAGUGUUGGACACGUUCGAUUGCAACGGAAGGGUGUGCAACCACUCAGAGGGUGCCGGUCAUCCGAAUCAUCCUUUCGAAAAUGACGAAUUUUAAUCUGAUAUGGUUUUAACAUUCUUUCUUGUAAAAAAUAAAAAUGUGCUUGAAAU